UCUCCUUUUAUUUUGUUAUUACUUUAUAUUCAUGUAUUUUUUUUCGUGUGUGAGGGGUUUUGCUUUCUUGUAGUGACAAGUGGUUCGGCGUUUUGCUUGCAAAAGAUGGAUCAAACAAUAAACAAUACUAAUGUUACACUUCCUCAAGUACAAGACAUUGUGUCUUUAUCAACAACAGACACAACUACCAAAGCAACGAUGACUGUCGCCUAUAGUAUCAUCUUUCCAGCGGCGUUGCUAGGCAACAUUAUCGUCAUUUAUCUUGUGUACAAGUUGCCCUCGAUGCGACAUCUUACAAACAUGCUCCUUGUCAACAUGUGUGUGGCAAACUUAUUGGUGACGUUGUUUGCCAUGCCGUAUUCUGUUUUGUACGUUUUUCUUCAAUAUCAUUGGCUGUCCGGUAGCCUUGGCAACGUCACAUGUAAGCUGACGCACUUUUCGUACGCGCUCUCGAUAGCCGCCUCGAUCAUCGCUUUACUGUUGAUUUCAUUGGAUCGUUUUUACGCCGUUCUUUAUGCGCUCAGGCGCCGUCCGCUCUUAUUGCGAAGUACCAAAUGGGCGUCUCUGGGAAUUUGGAUUUCUUCUUGUGUCUUCAUGUCACCGUACUUGUUUCAAUUCAGGGUUGUUGCGGUAAGAACUGCACCUUUGUGCAUUAUCAGCUGGGAACCUUUGGAUAACGAGAUCGCCUCUCAAGCCUAUUUCUUCAUCGUUUUCUUUUUACUUUAUUCUCUACCUCUCACUGGAAUUGCUUUAGCCUACACCUUGAUCGGGAAAAGACUCUGGCAUAGAAAAAUCCCGGGGCAGCAUACUCUGUCAAAUGCACGCGUCUUGGAGCAAUCGAAGAGAAAAGUGGUCCGAAUGUUGAUUAUUGUUGUUGUUGUAUUUGCCAUCUGCUGGAUUCCUGCGCAUCUAAUGCAUUUCUUGUCGUAUUUUCAAAGAGAAACAUAUUUCUCCCUCCAUCCUUUGGUGCUGUUAAUGUCCUUCUGGUCUUGUCACGCGAACAGCGCCAUUUCCCCUUGGCUGUUCUUGAUAAUGCACCACAACUUUAGACAAGGAGCUCGAAGGGUCUUCAAGGCCUCAUCUCUGCGCUCCAACCAACAACAGUCAUUUACAAACCACUGUUCCCGAGGAAAUAGUUUGAAAGCGCGACAAGGCCCUUCGAUGGGGAAUCGGAAAUCUGAUGAUAUCGCCUCAGGCAUCCCGCUUAAAUCUCUUAAAUGAAAAAAAAAAAACGAUUUCUUCAAGCAUUGGACGUUAAAGUCUUAUAAAAUAUUGCGAAUAAUAGUUAAAAAGUGCUUAGAAAGUUAAAGAAAAAAAAGCAAGGUUACAACGUUGACCUUUUAAUUCCUAAGAUCUCAUUGGUAAGUCUCCACACUGUGUGCGAUACAAUUGUUAUGAAGUAAGUUUGGAGAAUUUGGUAUUGGAUCAAUUAUAACCCCUUAAUCGAUAUAUCUUUUUUUUUAUUUUCAUUGCUUUUUUCCUUGAUAUCCUGUUGAUAUUGUAAAGAGAAAUUCUGUCUUAGUC